ACAUGGAAGUCAAAAUUAAUGAUCUAGAAUUUGAACUCUCUAAAAUGAAAACUGCUCAAGAUGCUAAUAUUACAGAAUUGGAAAAAUAUAAACUGUUCUAUCAAGAAGAAUUAGAAGCUAAGAGAUCAUUGUCAAGUGAAUUAAAUGACACUAAGAAGAGACUAGCAGCAGUGAGCAAGGACCUUCGUAGAGAGAAGAAACUGAAGAGAUCACUGCUCAGUGCUCUGACGGUGAGGCCUGUCCCAGAGGUGCCUUGCUGUGGGAAUCCUGAGAACAACUUAGUGCUCAACAGAGAUCUUGUUGUGAAAGAGAACUUGGUGAUUCCUGUCUCAGGAGCACAGCAGUCAAAUAACAGCAUGGAUGAAUAUUUGACCAAGGUUAGUGCAAUCUUUUUUUUUUUCCCUUAGGGCUUCAGAUUUGUUAUAAAAUUCACAUUUUUAAUUUA